AUGGAGAAGUUUUUACUUCUGACUUUCCUCUUAUAUGUUCUGGUAUGUUUGGGUACCGGUCAGCACCAUUUACGCGCACGUGUUGGACCGUGGAGUCAGCGGUUCCAGUGGGAGAAUAACGGGCAGGUGUACAGUUUACUUAGCACUGGGACUCAGUAUCGUUUGCCUUCACAGACCAGGAGACGCACUCAGCUCUUGUUGACGACUAAAAACAACUUGAACCGACUUCACCCUCCUGUUGCGAUUAGCAGAUCCAGCAGGACCAGAUCUGGAGACGCAACAGGAGGUCAGUCUCAACAAAACGACAUCAUUCAGAUGGACGGGUCUGUUCUUGGUGCUGAUGCGGGUCAGUAUUUGCUCGCCUCGGGACGGCAGGGGACACACGCUCAGUCCCCGCUGCGCGUCUCGACCACAGGUGCUGCGUCUGUGGGACACCAUUCUAACAACAGCGCUGCCUCUUUCACCUCCAUCCAGGAGUUCUCCGGCAGUGGAAUCCCACGAGGAGGCAGAAUCACACCUGGAGAUGACGCUAGCUCACAACCGGCCACUGUGUCAGCGGUAAGAGCAGCGGAGUUUACGCGCAGCCGGGUAGGUAGGCUAAGAUCCGAGAGCUCGGAUUCUACUGCUCGGGCACCUGGCACAGCUGGAUGGGUCAAUAUGGCUGAGGAUAGUGGAACUAACUUAGGUGUCGCUCACAGUGUGCAAAGAGCGCAGUCACUGACCAGAAUACCACCGGAGACAAAUGUUUCCCCCACAGCGCUCUCCAGUAACGCCGUAGAAAUACACUUUCCUCCUGCAAGAACGGAUACAGCACGGACUGAAACGAGUGACCCACGAGACCCGCACAGCAUUCAUCACAGGAACUCGGUUUUCUAUGAUGUUCACCCAGCAGACCGCAGAAACAGGAUCACUGUGCGCCCUCCACCUGCUGCAGGCUACGGCACCAGGUUCUUCCACAAUGGUCUCCCAGACUUGGUUCCUGACCCUUACUACAUCCAGGCUGCCUCGUACAUCCAGAGAGUGCAGAUGUACGCACUCCGAUGUGCUGCUGAGGAGAACUGUCUGUCCAGGUCUGCGUAUCAUCCGAGUGUGAGGGACCUGGACUAUAGAGUCCUGCUACGCUUCCCGCAGCGAGUCAAGAACCAGGGAACAGCAGACUUCCUCCCAAUGAAGCCCAGACAUGAGUGGGAAUGGCACAGCUGUCACCAACAUUACCACAGUAUGGAGGCCUUCAGUAACUACGACCUGCUGGAUAUCUCCACUGAGCAGAAGGUCGCUGAGGGACACAAGGCCAGUUUCUGUCUGGAGGACACGUCUUGCGACCCGGGAACACGUAGACGCUUUGCCUGCACUGCUCACACUCAGGGGCUCGGUCCUGGUUGCUAUGAUACGUAUCAUGCCAACAUCGACUGCCAGUGGAUCGACAUCACUGAUGUCCCACCUGGAAACUACAUACUCAAGGUUACAGUAAACCCGUCACAGCUGGUCCAGGAGUCGGACUUCUCCAACAACGAGGUACGCUGCGACAUCAGGUACACAGGAAGCUACGUGCAGGCCAGAAACUGCAGAAUAACUGGGUAA